AUGAUCGUUAGAGACACUAUGAUUAACGAGGUGGAAUUGGAAAAUAAGAGUGUGUUAGCCAAUGAAUCGAAUAUAAUUAGCACAUUCACAAGAAGGAUAAUAAAGGAGAAAAGCGGUAACUAUCAGGUACUGAAGAGAUCCAUUGAUGGAAAACUGGUGUACCCCGACGCCACUGGUAUAUCUUCUAAUAGAGGUAACAAACUUCUUCAGAAGAGUGAGGCUGUGACAAGAAGAGACUUGAAUAGUUCUAAACCGAUUAUUGAGCAAACUAUCUUCUACAACGGUUCGGAGCAUCGCCUGUUGCAAACAAACACUGUGGCUGACAGUAAAAGUAACAGAAGGUACAAGAGAAUAAAAUUCACACCCGAUAUCAACGUUGAGCCUGUGUUGAUUGGUAAUGAUAAGCACAUCGACGGAAGUGACGAGGAAGAUGAUUAUAUUACAGAUGAUUACUUUAACGAAGAAGAAGAUGGAAAUUUAUCAAAAAUAGUGAAUGUAAAAGAGAUUCUGACACCAAUUCUUUCACUAGGAGAUGUAAUUAAUCAUAAGCCAAUCUCGAGGACUUUUUCAAGCCCAAUCUUAAAGAAUUUGGCAUUGCAAAUAAUUUUAAUGAUUGAAAGGGAACAAAUGUCAGUUGUUAGAUAUUCCCAGUUUUUGGAAGUAUUUUUAGGAGAUCAUCCUGAACCAAUUUUUGAAUCUAACUUGAACCUACCGCCUUAUAAUCACAAUCUAACUUUGCCAGAGGAUAGAGGAGUAAAUGACGAAGUCGACAGUGGUUACAAAUAUGAUAUCAACGAAAAUAAUUUGAAUGGUUCCAUGAAAACGGAAGGUAAUUGCACCAAUAAGAAAACGGAAGAAAUUGGAGAGGAAGAUCCCUUCUUUGCGCUUCCAAGAUUGGAACAAUCCAAUGCGCUGCUAUCAUUACUGCCAUCCACAUCCGGUUCUUCUUGUGUUUCAACAUUGACAGCGACUGAAAAACAACAAUUGAAUGAGGAAAUUGAAUCUGCUCGACAGUUGUCGCAGAUUGCGCUACAAAGAAAUAAAGAGUUUAUAAGAAACUUAAAAAAAAUCAGAAAAUCGGUAAUAAAAGCUAAUAGAAUUAGAAGUAGAAUAUUAAGUUGGAGUCGGGAAUUCUUGGGCAUAUCUGAUGAUGAUAUUACUAUUCCGGUUGCUCUACGUGUUGUAAAAAGAGGUCUGAUCAGCGCUACAACAAACAAGACAACAAAUUUUGAAGAAGAGAUAGAAAAUACCAUGGAAGACGGUGUUGCUGAUGAUAAUGAACCCGAUGAAGAAGCUAACAGAGCCUGA